GACGGCCCGCCAUGCCGCGGACAGCCCCGCGCCCAACGCCUCCAUCGCCCGCAGGAAGGGGCGGAGCGUUGGGGCCGCGCGAUGAGCGGAGCGGGGGAAGCGCUGCAGGGAUACAACGCCGCGCUGCUGGAGGGGCUGGCCGAGCUCCGCGCCCGGCGGGAUGAGCUGAGCGGGCGGAUCCGGGAGGAGGAGGCGGAGCGCGGCCGGCUGCAGGGCCGCAUCGCGGCGCUCACCGAGCGGUUGGCCCGCAGCUCCGAGCGCCUGGCCCGGCACCUGGCUGCGCGCCGCCAGCUGGACGCGAGCAUCGCCGAGAGCGAGGCGGCCUACGGCAAGGCUGCCCUGAGAGGCGGUGCUGCCCCGUCCCUGCAGGCAGCCAAGGUCCUGAGCGCUGCUGGAGCUGUGCGUGCCCCUGUGCCCUGCGGGGAGUGGGACCCGAUGGCCUUUAAGGUCCCUUCCAGCUCGAACAAUUCUGUGAUUCCGUGACUGCUCCUUCCUGUGCACGGGGUAACAGUUGAGUUCAGUUCUUAUUUCAAGCCCCAGGCAGCUGUUUUUUAAGAAAUAAAAGAUUUUUUCCAGGUGGUUGCCUA